AUGGAUAAGAUUACUCCAAUUGAAAAUUAUACUUCAAAGUACAUUGAUUUGUUGAAUCAUCUUCAUAAUGAUACAAGUAUAUUAACCACCUUAAAAGUUUCUAUUUUGUAAGUAUUAUUGGUGAGAUAAUUUGUUAAUGGUCAGAGAAUUUUUUGGAUUCAAUAAGUUUUUUCUCAUUUUACAUGUUACUUAAUUCAUUAAUUAUUUAUUUAUUCUACUUGCUUUCAUUAAAGAAAUGUUAGAGAUAGUCUGGAAGUGAACAAUAGGUUUAAGAAAUAUAAAACAGUACAUAAAGUAAAAAGAUUAUAGAUUAGUAGAAAUAAAUUAAAGUACAAAGUACAAAGUGUUUAGAGCAGUAUUUCUUAACCUUUAUAUUAUUAUAACACACUAUUACUCAUACUUUGUGACACAAAACAAAAAACAGACACACUUUGCAUAACAGUUGAGGCACUUUUAUAGGUAAGAAGUUGGGAAAGUAGGAUAUAGAGGGGAAUGUAAUUUAUAUUUGUAAAAAAUGGUAAACCAUUACUAAUCAAAAAUGAUUUGGAGUAAAGUUUGGUUAUUGGUUCACAUUUUAAAAGGCCGUAAUAUUUAAAAUUUUCAUAAAAAUUUUAUAUUAAAAUUCUUUUAUAUAAAAAAAAAUACUAAAUUAAACUCAAUUUUUUUUUAAUUAGAAAGUAUGACUUAUAAUAAAUCUCCUGUUGAAUUUUCAUGUAUUUCUGUUUAUUUUAACAAUUUUAUCCACAGAGUACCUACUAAAUAAAAAUUAUAUAACAAUUUGCAAAAUUAAAAUCUAAAGCCUACCAAUAUCUCAAAAAUAGCUCAAGUGUUUUGAAAAUUGUAUCAUGUCUAGAAAAGUAAAAUAUAAAUUUUAAGGCUCUAUAAAUAUUUACAAUAAAACAAUAAAAUUUAAAAUAAUAUAGUUUAUCAUUAUUUUCAUUAACAUUCCCAUCUUUUCCCAAUUGUUAUAAAAAACCACUUGGAGAAAUCAAAAAACAACCUGUUCAAAUACCAGGUAAAUAAAAUUUAUUUUGAGAAAAAGUAGUAUUCUUGAUAUAUCUGAGCAAGAUUUCUAGUAGAAAAGUUUUUCACAGCAUAAAAAAUAAAAAUAAAUAAACAUCAUUGUAAAACAAAUAUAUUCCUCGCUACACUCUGAAUAUAAAAUAAGGAUAAUAGGUAAUAUUUAGUUUUAAUUGUCUAUGUAAGCUUAAAAAUAACAAAGAAAAUAUAUUACAUACAAAAGCAUAUGAUAAAUUAAUGAGCAAUUUGAGAUUGAUAUUUCUUAUAUGGCUCAUUCACACAUGAACAAUUUUUUUAAAAUACGACUCAACUCUUCUUUGGUAUAAAUUAAUCUUUCCCUUUUUUUGUUUUUGUUUUGUUAUAUGUAGAAAAGUCUACCUCACAAAAGUACAAUGCUGAAAGUUGUAAUAACACGGAAAGAGCUAAUUUUAAUAUAUUUGUACUAUUUACACUAUUAAUACACUAUUAAUAGUAUAUUUAUACUAUUUUUUGUGUGUAUCUGAUAUUUGCCUUACUUGAACUCAUUAAACUGUAAUUCAUUUUUAAUUUUGUAAAUUUUUCUUCUUCUAUUAAUGAAAGAAGUGUGGUUUCCUUACUAGGAUUAAAUGGAUUCAUCGCCCCAUCAAACAAUUUCAACAUUUUAAAACUUAUUUUCAAUCAAAUACCUAUUAAUUUUUGUAAAUUGUGUCAUAAAUGUUUGUUUAUUUUGUAUCAUUUAAUAUAUUUCACGACACAUUUAGACUUACCUGGCAACACACUAGUUAAGAAAUACUAUGAUUUUGAGAAAAGUAAUGAUGGGAAAGAUGUGAUAAUGUGUGAUCAUCAUCAGAAGUAGGCAAAGUUGAUAGGUUUACUUAUUUAGGAUACCUUUUAUGGUCGGUCUAUUAAUGGUUGAUGAUUAAAAAAUAAAAAUGUAUUACAGGUGCUCCCAACGGAAUCAAAGCAGUCAAAUAAAUGAAAAUGAACCGUCAAGUAUAGGAAUUCAUUGUCAAAAUUGUUUCACUCCAUGGGAACAGGGGAAUUUUAUUGUAAAAACUAGGAAAUGCCAAAAUGGAAAUGGAAAAUUGAAAAAAAAUUAUCGUACAGGGAAGUCUUCAUUCAUCAAGGUAAAUAAAAAAAAUAAAAAAAAAAUAAUAGUUAAGAGUAUGUAACAGUAACAUUUGUCUUCUGCCCUUUUUUUGGAUUUUAAGUAUACAAACUUCUCACCCCUGAUUAUCCCUGAGGGAUUCGUUAUAUUUUCAUUAUUAAGUUUUUUAUAAAGAUUAAAACAAAUUCAAGUUUUUUAAAAUUGUGAAGUAUAACCUGUUUUUUUAGAAUGUUAGUAAAUAUUAUUGAUUUAAGUUUUGAAAUAAUUUUUAUUUUAAGUUUAUUAGAAACAGACAUAACUUAUCUUUUAAAGCCUGUACACAUGACCAAUAUUUCAUUGUAUGAAAAUAUUAAAUAUUAAUAUAUAAGGUGUUGUUAGGUAAUAAAAUUGUAUUAUUUAUUGUAUGAUCUAUAGAUUAAUAUGAUAUAAAAACUAUAAUAUAAUAUAUAAAUUGAUUUUGAUGGCUUCAAAGACUGUCCUCUAAAAGACAUGAUAGAUACUAACUAUUGUUUAUGUUUUAAAUAAUGCUUGUGUGUUUUUAUCAAUUUAUUUUCAUGCAUGUAGACAAAACAAUUAUUGUUGUAGAAUAUUCUUGUUGUUUAGAAUAUUAAAGUGCGACAUUUUAUUGUAAUAGUGUGGACAGCUCAAUUUAUAAUAUUCUACUAUAAAUAAAUUAUAUAAAGAAAUAUCGGUCAUGAAUCUAAGGAGCCAAAACCCCAUUUUCACAGAGAUGACAAAAGCUGCUUUUAUGUCCUCUUUAAUAGUUUUCAAUAAAUCAAAUUAUUUUUUUUUAUAAAAUAUUUUAGGCUUGUCAAGUUUGCUCAGGUGUAACCACUUCAGAAUUUAUUAAAACUAAAACAUUAUGUAAAUCAACUGAAAAAAUAUCUAAAUGUUCCACAAUUAAAGAUUUUAAAUCAAAAACAAAGGAAAAACAAUUUAAACAAGAAAAAAGAGUAAUUAAAAAAAAGAAAAAGACACUAUAUGCUGGUUUAAAUCCAUUAGUUUUUAAAAAUAGAGAUUUAUGUAAGAAAAAAGUGUUUUAA